UACCUUGUUCAGUGUUCAGUGUUUAGCAGGGAGGAGAUUCAGUGAAAGCACCGGCUGGUAACGCGUCAUUGAAAUGGGCGUAUCUUGCUUUACAUGAGCGGACCGUUCAUGUUCAGUCCAUGAAGGGCUUUUUCGUCGUAGUUUUUAAGCGGUUUUAUUUCACCUGCGGCUGGAAACUCAAUAUGGAGAAAGUCUUUAGUCGCGUAGGGAAUUCUUGAUAUUCCGUACCUCUGCGUUCAAGCCGUUAGUUUGUUUCUGGCCGUUGUUACUUAUUCACAAGUGAUAGUUAUUGAUAAGAGCUCUUUAAACGAAGAUGACAAGUGUGAGGACUUUGUUACUACUUUUUCUGUCGUCUUCGCUGGUCGCUGUGGGGAAAGCGAAAUGUUUGUUCCCUGUUUUGAAUGGCAACCAUGUCUUAUCCACGGAGUCCAGACUGAUAAACAAAUUCCUCGACGGUUCAACCGCUUUGGUUGAGUGUGCAAAAGGACAUGAGGCAAAGGAUGGAUCACCUUUAAUCACUUGCCAGAAUGGGAAAUGGAGUGAUGUAGAAUUAAAAUGCGAAAAGAUAGACUGUGGACCCCCAAUACCCCAGUCAUCACAUAUGACAUAUUUAAUCAACAAUGGAACGUUAUUUGGAGCCUAUGUAAAACCCGUAUGUGACACUGGAUAUGACCUGGAAGGAUCAAGCUACAGGCAGUGUCUUGUAACAGGCUGGAACGGAUUUUCUACAUGCACAUUGAUAACGUGUGAUGAUCCAGCUAAUCUUAAACAUGGCAGUGUGAUGUUUCGGGAGCCUGUUUUAUAUAACGAUGUCGUCAAAUAUUCAUGCGAUGAAAACUACACCCUCGUUGGAAACAGAUUCCUUACCUGUGGGCAUGAUUGGAGUUAUAAUUUUCCACCUCCAGAAUGCAAAGCUAUUGAAUGUGGAGUUCCUACAAUUAAUUUUGGUAACCAGACUGAAGGAAAUCCUCCAUACCUACAUAAAAGCCGAGCCACGUUUGAAUGCUUGCCAGGUUACAGGAUGAAUGGUUUGGCCACAUCAGUGUGUGAGGAGAGAGGCUGGUCAGCACUGCCUGAAUGUGUUAAAGUCAUCCUACUACAGCCAGCAGAAAGCACCACAGACGUUGCAUCAACAGUCACAACAGACAUUGCUACAACAACCACAGUGUUCUAUGAAGUAAGAGAAGAAGAGGAGCAUUUCAUUACUCUUUCGCAGAAUAAUUCGGUUGGGAUAAUAGCUACAACAGGGUUGGCCACAAUGUUAAUUUUUGGCAUUAUAGGUGGUCUUCUGCAUUAUAACUAUAAACAUAAAGGUUCAUACAAUACUGGCGAAGAUCAGAGGACAAAAGACGGGUUAUUGCUAUAGACUUUAUAAAGCCAAGGCCAAACAAUCGGACGGCUCCUUUGUUGUAGCUUCAUUCCUGCAAGCGGACCCAAGUUUUACACAUUGAUUUAUUUAUUUAUAAUUGCUAUGUAUUUCUAGGGUUCGAAUGAUCAAAUAUAAAGAUGAUAUUUUUGUAUUGUAGCAUUAAAUAUUUUGUUUUUCUAAUCUUUUAA